UGCCACCAUCGAUCUCGUUGCCGAAGGCCUCAAUACAACUUGCAUUGGAUUGAACGGAAAUAUGACAACACCCGUCCCAGUCGGAUUAUGUAGGUUGAAUUUAAGGGUCGAAACGUCGCCAAGCAGUGAGGUUUAUAUGGAGGUCUGGCUUCCAGAGAAUUGGGAGGGUCGAAUCUUGACUACAGGAAACGGAGGGCUGGCAGGCUGCAUCCAGUACCCUGAGCUUGCCUAUGGAGCAUCAUACGGCUUCGCAUCUUUCGGCACCAACAAUGGACAUAAUGGAACGUCCGGCGGAGCAUUCUUCCGUCAGCCUGAAGUCUACGAGGACUUUGCUUGGCGCGCUGUUUACAUAGGCGCAGUAGUCGGGAAAUCCAUAACUGAACAAUUCUAUGGCGAUGUUUGCGGCAAGAGUUAUUAUAUCGGAUGUUCAAUGGGUGGUCGACAGGGCUGGAAAGCAGUGCAGGAAAAUCCAGAGCUGUUCGACGGCGUUAUUGCCGGUGCGCCCGCCAUAGAUCUUUGGGCACAUGUGGGCUUUUUCGGCUAUGCUCUCCAGACCCUGGGUUUUAACACGAGCAGUGUUACUCUGGCUCAGUGGGAGGCUGUGCGACAGGAAGUAUUCAACCAAUGUGAUGGGCUAGACGGCGCGCGAGAUGGCAUCUUGGAAGAUCCUACUGCUUGCGUGUUUAACUGGACACCGCUCGUCUGCUCUUCAACGCCCAACAACAGUACCUGUCUUACGCCUGAUCAGGUCGAUGCUGCUACGAAGCUGUUUGGUCCCAUAACCUACAAUGGAACUUUCAUACACCCAGGCCAUGGUCACGGUUACGAGCGAGAAUUGAUAACUUACGAGUACAGCCCGCUUGUCCUUACUUGGAUUCCAGAAGUUUUCCGUUACGUUGUGUAUGAAGAUCUUUCAUGGAACCCAACGACUUUCACGCUCGAAGACGUCCUUCACGCUUCCCAGAAAGACAGUUCCGGCAAUCGGUUGAAUACAUUUGACGGCAACAUCUCCGCUUUCCGCGAUCGCGGAGGUAAGGUCCUCCACUGGCACGGAUUGGCCGAUCAACUUCUCGUGAGCAGAACGUCAGACCUAUACUACAACAUAGUGCGCUCUACGUUGAAUGCCAGUGUCGCAGACCUCGACGACUUCUACCGUUAUUUUCGGGCAAGCGGCGUCGGACACUGCUAUGGUGGCCCUGGAGCGAACUUUAUGGGACAACUGGGAGGGCAGGUUACUGUUGAUACGCCGGAAGACAGCAUGCUCAGACGGAUCGUCCAGUGGGUAGAGGAGGGCGAUGCACCUGAGUUCAUCAGGGGUACAAAGUUCAUCAACGAUACAGUCGCCCUAGGAAUCGAGUUCACUCGGAGGCACUGCAAGUACCCGAAAGUGAACAGAUACACUGGCAAUCAGGAGGGGCUGGAUGAGGAGGGAUGGGAGUGUGUCGAGCCGUGAACGACGGAGUUAAUGCUAGUGGUUAGUCACUCC